GCAUUUUUUCACUCUUCAUCCUCGUCUGUCACCCAUCAAGUUUUAAUAUGUCGAUUGCGAGUUCGUGAAAUUUAAAUUCAACAUAAAAUUCCUAAAUAGACGUGUUAAAACUAACAUUUUCACCCGCUAAAAUGAACAAGCUCAAACUAAACCAAAAGGACAAGGUGAAGAAGUUCAUAUCACUAACCCAAACAGGAGAACAAACAGCUAUCUAUUGUUUGCAAAACAAUGACUGGAAAUUGGAUUUGUCCUGCGAUAACUAUUUUCAGAAUCCGGAUAUCUACUAUCGGGAGUUAGAUCGAAAGAAAAUCGAGCAGCUUUUCACGCAGUACCGCGACCCGGCAGAUCCGAACAAAAUCAACUCGGACGGAGUGGUCAAGUUCUUGGACGACCUGUACCUCAGUCCGGAGUCGAAACUGGUGCUCAUUAUUGCCUGGAGGUUCAAAGCGGAAGCGCAGUGCGAGUUCAGUAGGGACGAGUUCGUCAACGGCUUCGGGGACCUGGGCGUAGAUAGCGUAGACAAACUGAAAGCCAAGCUGCCUCUGCUCGAACUGGAACUGAAGGACCCGAUAAAGUUCAAAGACUUUUACCAGUUCACCUUCAACUAUGCCAAGGACCCGGGCCAGAAGGGACUGGAUCUGGAGAUGGCCAUCGCAUACUGGAAUAUAGUGCUUAAGGACAGGUUUAAGUUCUUGGAUCUCUGGUGCAAGUUUCUGGUGGAAAAUCACAAACGAUCCAUCCCGAAAGAUACCUGGAACCUGCUGUUGGACUUUGCGACCUACAUCGACGACAGCAUGUCCAACUACGAUGCGGAAGGAGCCUGGCCCGUGCUGAUCGACGACUUUGUGGAGUGGUGCCAGCAGCAGAACAAAGUUAGCCAUCCUUCGGUAAUCACUUCCACCAGUAGUGCGGCCGCCGUGGGAGUCCAUUUACCGUCCACGUCUUCGUCGUCCGCUUCUUCGCCAUCGUCUACGGUCACCAACCCGUAUAGCGCCAGCAAAGGUAACCCUUACAGUAGCAGCAGCAGCAGUACGGCGGCUAAUAUGUACUACUAGAUCGUUCCCCGUUACCUUAGUUGCGCUGUUUGAUAAAAGAAAAUGAGCUGUCGCCUGCUAGUUUAAAUGGAUACAUUGUUUUCCCCUUUCAUCGUUCUCUCUCUCAUCAUGUACCGGACGAAAAAAAUCGGCUGCGAUCACUACAACAGAUUCAAUACUUAAGAUCCUAAAUGUGUAAGACUUACGGAAACUUUCUCAACAUGAUUUUGCUCACAUUAUCGCUGGAGUUUUGCAGAUUAUAUCGUGCUGGUUAGUUUUUUGGUCCUUGUGUAUGUGACUAUUGAUUUCACUUAUUUGAUUAACAAUUUUCAACUGUGAACAACCCUGAUUUUCAUUGAUCAAAGGGUAGCUAGGGAUUAAGCUGCCUUGAGUGUGCAACUCAACCUGACUAACUUCUACGGGCUCAUCUUGAUGAGUUCAGCUAAAAUGCCUUCCCUUAGCUGCUUUAUUGUUCUGUUGAAUGGCACCCUGAUUUUAUUUCAAAGUGAGGACUGGUUGGCGUCCAUCUUUAGCUGAACUGACGCAGACAUUUCUCCGUUGUCUUAGUCCUCAUCGUUUGCGCCAUUCAGAUGUUUAUCGUGGUGCCGCUUCCACCUUUUGAUCACCUCACGUUGUUGAAUAUGCUCUCACCCUUAUUCAUGUACUUUUCGUCUCGCGGCACAAAGCCUUUGCGGGAUAAAUAUGCGUUUCGUAAAACGAUUAAGACGAGGUUGCUGUUUCUGCUACCGUAUUUAACGUUACAAGUUCUUUUGGCUCGGGACCCUUGCUGCAACAUGACUGCCCGCGCUGCAUCCUUCUCCCCAGACUCUGCAUACUCUCCUCGUCUUUCCAUCCUACGUAUACUUGACGUUGAUAGUUGCUCUCACUAUACCCAAGCGCAGUCAUCAAGAAGAGCUCCAACAAACUUCAUCCUCUUUCGAUAAUGCAACCUCGAGCUCCUGUGCACAUGCGGCGGUAACAUAUGGUUAUUUUCAGUCGCUCUAGGUCGUACCGAGGCGGGCGUCGGUACCGAACAAUGUUGAUGAUGGGCAGCUUAGAGCGCACCCAGCAUCACCCAUUUUUCAUCCUAGGGUUAUCGCAAUGGUAAUAAAAGGUUUGCUGCAUUUAGCCCUUUUUAUCGGUUAUUCUUUGAAUUGAACAUCAACUACUUAACAUUAUUUUGUAGAAAGCUAAAAGACUUGAACUCUAAACGAGGAUAAACUUGACACAAGCGAUAAAAAAUGGGUUAGGUUCAGAGAUCGCUAAUAACUACUAGCAGAGAUCUGUACUAACUCUUCAAAGAUUGGUCAAUAUUGGUAUUCAAGAAACAUGCGAGAAUCAUUAUUACUGAAAGAACCCUUUUAUAACGGACGUUCUUAUAAGCACAUAGAUUAGUUGAGAGCUUUCUUUGCCGAUUGACCGUUUUUGCAUGUGUAAAUCGUGUGGCAUGAACGAAGGUACUUUAUGGCCUUUACUAAAAUAUCCUGUCAUGAUAGAUCCACACUUCGGUAAUGUCGAAGAAGUGUGGUUUCAGCCUUUUUUGGUAGACUCGUUAAAAUGCUCAUCAUUGCUUCCGAGAUGCGGGCUGUGCACGUUUGUUAUGCCACAGUUGAAGAAACGGCCUCCAAUCAUCAGCUUGUAACCGCUAGGUGAUAUGACAAAAAAAAUGGUAUUAGGUAUAGGGUAUAUUCCCUAAAGGCUCUCUAUUGUCACAUAUGAUCUUCACAGCAAUGGUUUCCCAUGCAGCAACAAAUAUCUCAAUUCCCGAGUUCAAUGAUUCCCUGCAAAUUCGAUGCACAUUUCCUCGAAGAAUGAAACAUAAGAUUAUAUUAUAUUUCUUCUAUUUACAAGCUCUCAAACAAAAAUCAAAUUAAUAAGAACUUAACCUAACUAAACGAUUAAUCUGUGAAAGCACCAGUCUAGGCAUGUUAUGUUGAUUUGAGAAUAGUAGGUAGGAAGGUAUUCAUAGUUCCGACACACGCAAAUCUGACUAAGUUCACUACUUAAUGCCCUAAAUGUAAGUUAAAGUGUAACCUCUUGUGUAGACAUGGUAGAUUCUGAUGAUUGAAUGUCGGGAAACUGUUGAACAAUUUCAAAUUUUAGUAACCCAUAUCACGAAAACAUAACACGCCUGGAGAUAAUAUAGCACAUUCAUGGAAAGCAAACACAUUUAAUAACGAACGGUUCGAAUCAAACGUUCCUCUCAUUUCCGGCACGCAAACUUACACAUGCUUCGCAAUCCUGGAAUUUUCCGUUACAGAUUCAUAGUCGCUGAGAUAAAAAAAAAAGCAAGCCAUUGAACAGAUCUAAGUUGAGAUGUAUAGAAAAGGAAGAGACACGUGAAAUUUUAUCCUAAUUUACGGUAGAUAAAACGCAGCAGCAAACUCAGUUUGAUCAUUAGAAUAGUGUAAAAUACAUUUCGUUUAAGAGAAAAGAGAGAAGAAAAAAACAAGUCUUUGGUAACGAUGCAAUUAACGAAAACUAUUUGAAUUCAUUGAAUGUUGAAAACGUAUAUAUAUAUAUAUACUAUGCUAUUAUUACUAUUAGUACCAUUAAAAUAAUGAUGUAAUAAAACAGCUUUUGGAGUGUUCGGAGAUUUUAGGACGAAAAAGAAAAUCCUUCGUACUAACUACAGUCGUUUAUUGCCAAUUGGAGAACAUAAAUAAUAUCUUUAACAAUAAAUUAAAAAAUGCUGGCUUGCACACACUUCGGAUUAAACUAAAAAAAAAGAUUUAGGUGCAAUUGUCUUCUUUGGUGUAUCACACAGACGCUUUUGCGCGAAUAACAGUUCAGUAAACUAUAUUGUGGCCGGAAAGUCCAUAAAGCUAGAUUACAGCAGAGUUUCUCAUUCUUGGUUGGUGUCUACUAUAAUUGUGAUCGAUUCAUUUUCCUCUUCUUUUAUUUUUGUUUUGUGUUGAUCCGGAUUUUUUUUAAGGAGAUAUCAUUAAUUCUCCAUGGAACUUGAUUUGAAAUUCCUCAAGGAAUUUCUCAGGGAUGCUGGAUAAUUUGGUCGAGGAAAUCUUUCAGCAGUCCAACAGGAAUUACACCAUGGAAUCUCCCAGGAUUAUCUUUAGGGAUUCUUCUAGUAAUUCUGCUAUUGAUUUCUACAGAUGUUAUUGUUACUAGGACAGUGCUUCUCAACCUAACUGAUUAUGCGAGCCAUCCCAAAACUUUCAAACCGGGGCCACAAUAUAUGACGGAUACAUGGAUAGAAAUCGGAUUGCAAAAUCCUUUCUCA